AUGGAAACCAUCGUGGAUGCAUUAAACGACAUGGACGCAUCACAGAAAUUUAAAGUAUUGUAUGCUGUCGGAGGUGGUGUCGUAGCUGUCGUGUCGGUCGUUGCUAUCACGAGGACACUGCUUUUCAAAAAGACAAGGAAGGACUAUCCCCGAGACACGGUGAUCCUUCAUCAGGUCGGUAGAGCUCCCUAUGCCCCAAGCAUGACGCCAUUUGCUGUGAAGCUGGAGACCUACCUCCGGAUGGCCAGGAUACCCUACCAGGUAGAUGAGUGUGUGUUGCUUCACGCCGCGCGGACACAACACUGUAUCAACUUCCUCAACCAGAAGCUUGGGGUGGACCUCAACAGGGAUCUGAGUCCUGCUGACAGAGGGGUAGCUCAGGCGAUGAAGGUCAUGGCGGAGGAACAUCUGUAUUGGUUUCUUGUCCUCUUCCGAUGGAGAUUUGACAACGACAAAUCAUUUUUAUCAAGUGCAUUUAAUUUCAAGUUCGGCAAAUGUACCAUGUGGAUGUAUCGACAACAUCUUAACAAGCAAACAUGGACUCAAGGCUUGGGGCGACACACAGAAGGGGAGAUAACUGAGAUGUUUAAGAAGGAUCUACAAUCCAUGUCUGACUUCAUGGGGACGAAGAAGUUCCUGAUGGGAGACGAGCCCUGUGAGGCUGACUGCGCUGUGUUCGGUCAGCUGUCACAGUUCUACUGGCAGUUCCUGGGCACUGGGCAUGAGGACAUCAUUAAAGUCAAAGUGCAGAAUGUCAGUCCAGGGCCAGGCAAGGGCCUCAUGAAAUCCACCUCCACCUCCGCCAUAUUGAGGAAAGAUCUGCUGACGGGGCGGGCCAUGGCAACACAUUCAGAGGAAGAUUUUUACAAAUGCAGUCCAAAUACCUGCGUGAGCAGUGACAAAUACUCUAACCUGGCAGCCUACUGUGAACGUAUGAAGGACUCAUUCUGGCCCGACUGGCACCAGUGCAUCACACACGGAGGGACAAGGGAGGCAACCAAGUAGUAACUGCAGAUUCCCU